GUUUUGUUCCAUGUUGGUUGUGGUUUUGUUAUUAAAAAAUGGGAAAUGGAAAUUUAUUUAACUAUGAAACACUGGUGCAUGCUACUGCUGGGGCAACCGGUAGUGUGAUUGCUUCCGCGUGUAUUUAUCCAUUGGAUAAUUUAAAAUUUCGAUUACAAGCCAAUGAGCCAGCUUUAAUUGAAAAACCCACCAUAGAAGCCUUAUUAUAUUUGCUUAAAACAGAGGGGCUAGAAUCAUGGUACAGAGGUUUAAAACCAGUGUUGACAUCUAUGGGAGUAUCAAACUUUAUUUACUUCUACUCGUUUCAUGGAUUCAAAUCACUAAUGCCAAAAAACUACCAAAUUACCUCAAAAACCGACUUAGCAUUUAGCAUAGCUUCAGGUAUUAUUAAUGUUCUGUUAACCACACCUUUAUGGGUUGUAAAUAGCAGACUAAAAGUCAAUAACAAAGAAAACUACUCUGGUCUGCUUGAUGGUUUAGUGCAUAUUGGCUGCAACGAAGGUUUCGGAUCCUUAUGGUCAGGUGUUGGUGCAUCUUUAGUCUUAGUUAUUAAUCCAGCCAUUCAUUUUACAGUCUAUGAGGCUUUUAAACGAAAAGUUACCUUAAAAUCUGCAUAUUCAUUUUUCUUAUUGGGCGCUUUAUCAAAAUCUGUGGCCACAGUUUUAACUUACCCUUUGCAGUUAGCGCAAACAAGACAGAGGUUGAAUAAACAGCAAAAUAUUUAUACAUUAUCUUUGUUAUUGUCAAUUUUGAAAAAAGAUGGCCCUGGAGCUUUGUAUCAAGGUCUAGAGACGAAAUUGUUGCAAACAGUAUUGGCUGCUGCUCUUAUGUUCAUGACUUAUGAAAAAGUUUCAAGAUUAGUGUUUAUGCUAUUGUUAAGACAAAAUAAAUUAAAGCAAUAAUAAUAGAGAUGUUAUAAAAUAUAUAGGGAAUUAUAUUAAUAUAUACAAUUAAUGUUAAUAGUUAAUGAUAGCCGUGCUAAUCACGAACUAGUUCGAACGUCCUUUAAAAUUGGCGUUCGCGGUGAUAAAAUUAUUAGUUUCGAACAAAAGAAACAGCGUUUCCGAUUGAAGAUAUUUAGGAUACUUUCGGAACACGUCCGAUAGAUUUUAGGACAUAAGCAGGCCCAGAUAGCAAAAUGUAGUCACGAUGCGCGCACAGUGAGUGCACGAGUGCGUCUUUAAACGGCACGCGUGCGCGCAGAUCACUACACAGAUGCACUUACAUAUGCGUCUCAUAUGCAGCGCACGUGUGCCGGCGUAUUUAAAGCGCACGUGUGCCGACGUAUUUCCAGCGCACAUGAUUGAGUCAAAAAAGUUGUAUAUUUCAAAAGGAAAUGCAUAUAUAACGACGGGUUUAAAGCUAAAUGGCAUAAGCGCCAAAUUUUUCGAAAAAUUGUUAGAAGUACAGGUUGAUAGAGAAUUAAAUUAUCUAGCUAGAGCUCUAUCGACCAGUAACAAAUUUUUAAAAAUUUUGGCGUUUGUGCCGUUUUGCCUUAAACCCGUCGAUAUAUAUAUUCUGUUUUAGGUUUCCACAGGCGUUAUAUGUAUUGGUGGUUUUCCGGGAUCUGCUCCGUGUUGUCGGUUUUUGGUUCUUAAAAUAACUGCAUGGCUGUACCACGGUAGAUAAGAUUGCACCGAAACGUCGUCAGACAUACGGUUCUUCUAAGAACCAAAAACCGCCAACACCUAGCAGAUCCCGG